CUCACCAACAGCUUUCCUACCGACACCCCAAGCCGACGCAACACGAUGGCAUCCAUCGACAAGCUUACAGCAGACGUCGAAUCUCUGAAGGAGAAGCUGCUCGAGUUCCAAGAAGCUAUCAAGACCGACUUGGUCACGGAGAAUGGCAUGGGUUUACUCCAAGUGAAGAACCAUGCCAUGAUGCAGUACUCGCAACUGUCGUUAUACUACGCACUGCACAAGUUGGAGUCUCCGGACACCGUCAAAGGUCACUCCGUGUUCAAAGAGCUCGUUCGUUAUCGCACUAUUCUCGAGCGCAUUCGACCGUUCGAUCGCAAGUUGAAGUACCAAGUCGACAAGCUGUGCAAGAUGGCAGUGUCCGAUUCCAAGGACGUCGAUGCCGCAUUGAGCUACGCGCCGAACCCCGAAGCCAUGCAGAAUGACGACGUCGCGGACGGCGGGGACGACGACGAUGGCGACGAUGACGACUCGGCCAAGAAGGGCAUCUACAAAGCUCCGCGGUUGGCAUCGGUGCCGUACGAAGAGGAAGAAAAGGAAGCGGAGAAGCAGGCCAAGCGCGACGAACGCAACCGAAAACGCAUGGCGAAGAGCACGAUUCUGAGCGAGAUCCGCGACGAAUACAGCGAGCGGCCAGAGGAGGUGUACACGGGCGGGAAGACCAUCGACAAGGAAACGCUUCGGGAAGAGCGCGAGAAGACCGAGUACGAAGAAAGCCGCUUUGUCCGCGUCGUGACGUCGCGCAAGGACAAGAUCCGCAAACGCCAGCGCGAACGCGACGCGAUCGCGGCCGACUCGAUUGGGAAAAUGGACAACUUUGCCGGCAUCCAUGACGCGUUGGGCGAGUUUGCCGGCAAGCGAUUUGUGGCUGCGGCUCCACAAAAGAAGCUCGGCGGCAAGAUCGGCGGUAUCUUUUCCCACGUCGAUGCGCCUACGAAGAAGCAGAAGACCGUACGCGCAUCCAGCGCAACAGCACCGUCCGCGCCAUCAUCAGGAGGACCGUCAGCUCCGGCCGCGACCAGUGGCGCUCCAAAGCAAAAAGUUCGGUUUAAUUGGUAGACUUUUCAGCACAAUCAAUGCAAAAACACGGGUAUAUUUGGCGCAAGCGGCGUGGAUCAUGUGCAUUGAGGCCACGCAUGGUUCCCUG